AGACAGUAGGAGAGGUGAAGGCAGUAAUUAACAGAUAUGCACCAGAGGAAAGCUGAAAUGGCCAAACAUUCUGAUGCCUUUAUUGCGUUACCUGGUGGCUAUGGAACUUUAGAAGAGCUGCUUGAAGUCAUUGCUUGGGCUUAUCUUGGAAUCCAUGAUAAACCGGUAGGAUUAUUGAAUGUAGAUGGUUACUACAAUUCCCUCUUGACGUUUAUUGACAAAGCAGUGGAGGAAGGAUUCAUCUGCCCUAAUGCCCCCCAAAUUUUUGUAUCAGCUCCUAAUGCCAAGGAACUUUUAAAUAAACUCGAGGGGUAUUUUCCCAGUGAUGAAUCAAAACUUAAUUGGGAAAAUGAGAAGUCAGAAUAUUCCUCCAAGAUGAUUCUCCAUGCCACCUCAUCAUGAGAAGACUAAUUUUAGAACAAUCAAGAAUGUAUAACUUAUUUUUCAGUUGUUUUUUCUUACUAAUAAAGUUGGAAACUGAGAUGACUAUUUCUCUCAAUUAUGGCCAAGUGUUAAUAAUGAUUA